UACAUUCGAUGCAUUAUUUAUAAGCAAAACAUGACAUUUAUUCCGAGAAUGUACAGCGCCAGAGUGUGAGGGAGAGUAAAGGGUAGCAUAGCUCAAGCUCCUCAGUGCUCUUAGGACUCCUGCUUUAGUGUCUAGGAAGAACAGCGUAUCCAAGGUCGAUUGAACCGAAUGAUAAAGGAGCACAGUGACUUGUUCUCUGAUUCUCAAUGUAAAGUGUGUAGCGCUGUCUUAAUCUCAGAAUCCCAGAAACUUGCACAUUACCAGAGCAAAAAACAUGAGAGCAAAGUACGUCGGUACAUGAGCAUUCAUGGUAAUGAGGAGCCCGUCGCGAAACGGUUCAAGCCUUCAGAUGAUACAACUGAUGUUGGCGAAGGGGACAAAUACAAAGCCUGUGAUGUGUGCAACAUGACAUUCUCUUCCCCGGUAGUGGCACAGUCACAUUACCAGGGCAAAGUUCACUCCAAGAACCUUCGCUUGAAGACCUUUGGUCAGCAGACUCCUGCAUUACCUCAGCCCAAAGCACAGGUGAAGAAGGAUGAAGGGCCACCUGAAGGUGGGCAGGGGCCAGCAAAGCGGGACCCCAACCGCUUCUGCUCCAUCUGCCAGGCUUCCUUCAACAAUCCCCUCAUGGCUCAGCAGCACUACAGUGGCAAGAAACAUAAAAAACACCUGACAAAACAGAAGCUGAUGGAGACCUAUGGGCCGUCCUCUGCGCCAGGUCAGAAGAUUGAAGGGGCCUCCACACUGAAGGGCUACCCAUGUACUGUGUGCAAUAUCGAGCUGAACUCCGUGGAGCAGUAUCAGGCCCACAUCAGUGGUUCCAAACACAAGAACCACGUCAAACUCAAGAAAGAGCCAAAUGCAUUUCCCGGCCCCCCCGAGAACUACCAGCCUGACUUCCAGUAUCCACCCAACCAGGAAGGACCAGAGGAUGCGGGGGACUGGGACAGCUUCAAUGAGGGCUAUGAGUGAGAAGACGCUGUUAGACUCCACUGCACUCUUCUCAUUUGUGACAAGCUUCCUCUGUUUAGGCACAGGUCAAUGUGUGUCUGCACUGUGCAUCUCCUAAGGCCAGCUUUUCACCACACUACAUCUCUUCCUGUCUACUCUUGUCGCUCUCACACACAGUUGAGGGACCACAAUAAACUUCCAGACGUUUUUUUUCCCCCCCGUUUUAAUACCGAAAUCGAGGCAAAACAUAAGAGUGCUGCUUUUUUCCAGUAUUAGGAUUAUUUGUGUUAUGUUACGUGUUUGUUUGGUUUACAAAAAUUCAUUUCCACCAUCUCCACGUACAGAUGCAGGUCCUGAAGGUGGUUUCGGGGGAUGUUUCAUCUAUAUGUUUGAUAUUCUUACUCUUACUAGUUGCUUAUUAUUUUAAACUUCUCAAGCUCCAUGUUUUGUUAAAUGAAUGUCUGUGAAGUUUAAAGCUGUUGAAUUUGAUAGUGUGCAACGUUUGGAAAGUUUGUUUUUUUUGGGAGCUUAGAGUGCUUUAUUUCUUAAUUUCUGGUUUUCUAUGUCAAUUUUGAAAAAAGAAAAAAAAAAAGUUUUUUUUUUAUCAAUUUAAGUGAUUUACCCUGUUUGUUUUAGGCUGGACUUUAGUUGUCUUUCAUUUCUCAUGGCUCCCUUCCAUGUCCAUGUCAACGUAAAUCUUUAAGUAGGAAGUAUACUGUAAUUUCAUAAAUUUACUAGAGGUUUCAGUUAAAUUGGUGCUUCAGUUUUAACAUCCAAAAUGAACUUGUACUAGUUAUUUAAGCUGUCCAAUCAUAGGAAAUUGUGAUUUAUUUAUUUAGUUUGUAUUUAGGUACAAAUUUCAUCUUGACAUUGUCAAAACAUAGAUUUUUACAGUAUAUUCUGGUGUAACUGUUUUACAAAGUCAGACUAGUACUACAAGCUGAUAAGUCAUAAAUGUACUUGUAAGUUGAAAGCCUCUGUUCAGGAUUAAUGUGAAAACGCUCUCAUUAUAAAGCGAAAAUGCGAAGUAUGACGCAAAAAUGCAACGAGUUUUCGAUGACUGUUGAGCGUAUGUGUAAUGUAUGGCUUGCAUUGUUUAUUUUUGCAGUGUACAUUGCA